AUGAACGAAUGGGACUGGACCAGUAUGUCGGAGCAUAAUUUUGCCGAACUUUGUGUAUUUCAUGUGCCUGAUAAGCCAUUGGAACAUCAGGAUCCAAACAAUCGCGCCGCAACAUCAUUGCCAUUGAACUUGACUAUCCGAUCUUCACAUGAAGUGCCGAAAGCGAUAGGUGUUUGGAGCAUGGAUUAUAUUCCACGUGGUGCACGUUUUGGACCAUUGGUCGGUGAGCAUAAAAAACCUGAUAUUACGGAAGCUACGGUAAGCCCAGCUGAAGCUAGUGGUGCUGGAGGUUCAUGCCAUUCCUACUGUGGUGGUGCUUCAAGCUCCGCCCUUAGAAGUGAGCUACCUUGGGAACCAGUCUGGAAAAUAUUUAGCAGUAGCGGUAGUAUACUGAUCCGAUUGUUGGAUGUAAGUGAAAAUCGCAAAAGUAAUUGGAUGAAAUUUGUCAAUCGAGCACGAACAAAGGAUUCGCAAAAUUUAGUCGCUUGUCAGGUAGAAAGUGAAAUUUACUUCUACUCCGUGAAACCAAUUAAGCCAAAUACGGAAUUACUAUAUUGGUAUAGUCAGGAUUAUGCACAACGUAUUAAUUUUCCAACAUUCUGUGAAUACUGGAAAGUUCCCUCACCAAAAGUUCUGAAAUGUGUUGAAACAGCAAGUGCUUCGGGAUCAAGUCGGAAUACUGAACCGAAACAACAACAACAACAACAACAACAACAACAACAGCAACAACUAACAUCAUCACAAGAAGCUCUUGAUUUCUCUCUAAAAAAAUCAACAAAGGAAUCAACUGUUGGUGUUGCAAGUGCCACAUCAAAACGAUCAACAGAUGCUCACUCACCGUUUACGUCUUCAACUGGUAGCGAUUUGACGCAAUUACUCACUGAUGAUUGCGAAUCGAGCAUUAAUUCGACGUCAACAUUGUCAUCACCAACUUCACCGCUCACCACUAAUGAAAGACAGCAAAGGAUUACUCGACCUAACGUAAUCCAAAAUCCAGUACAUCGUCCAGUUGCAACUAAAAUCCCGCAAAGUGCAGUACCUCAAGUGGCAACCGGAUUAUCACCGCUACAACCAAGUGCCAUCAAUCCAUAUAAUACGCUGUUGCAUGAAUUCUGGCGGCGCAGUUCAGCUUUAGGUGUUACAACAGGUGGAAUUUGGGUACCACCACAACCAAAUCAUGGUGUUGCUGCAACGCCACAUAUUGCACGACCAUGUUCACCUGGACGACCACCUGCAUGCUCACCUGCACCUGCGUUUGCAGCAACAGCAAGUCCCCCAUUUGGUACAACACUUGCCGGAACGCUUUACCCUUCAACCACUCCUACAAAAGCAUCAUUUUUUGCCGCCCAACCGCAACCUCUUCUUCCUUUAAGCAUUCCACCACCCCCAUUAGCCACGUCGCCGACCGCUUUCCAAGCUGCGUCCAGUAAUUCUCCGUAUCUGCGUAACAGACAACCUUAUCCAGUGCAAAAAUCUCAAAUUAACGGGAAGACCCGGUAUGAAUGCAGGGAAUGUAGCAAAACAUUCGGGCAGCUAUCAAAUUUGAAAGUACAUUUACGAACUCACACCGGUGAACGACCAUUCAAAUGUAGCAUUUGUUUCAAAGAAUUUACUCAGUUGGCUCAUCUACAAAAACAUCACCUUGUUCAUACCGGUGAAAAACCGCAUCAGUGUGAUGUUUGUCAGAAACGCUUUAGCAGUAUGUCAAAUUUGAAGACACAUUUACGCCUUCACAAUGGUCAGAAACCUUAUCCAUGCGAUCUUUGUAGCGCCAAAUUUACUCAGUUUGUCCAUUUGAAGCUUCAUAAACGCUUACAUACCAAUGAACGGCCAUACAAUUGUUCAUGUUGCGGAAAGAAGUAUAUUUCUCCGUCAGGCCUACGAACUCAUUGGAAAUCAACAAGUUGUCGACCAGCAACUGAUGGCGAAAUGCAUAUCAUCGACUUGGAUAGCGAAGAAAAUAGCAGAACGCUCCGUGAUGAGCAAUGCGUUACCAGUACAACACCGGUACCGCGGUGA